CCUGUUUGCAAUGUUAACAAUAAAGCGUUAAAAAAAUAUCUCAGAAUAAAUCAGGUAUAACUUAAUAUCUGUGUAUAAUUAAACAUUAUAAUGCACAUAUAAAUCUUCUUCUAUCUUCUACUUUCUACACUUAAAAACACAUAAAUAGAAUCGAUAAAAGCAUAACUGAACGUGCUUGAAAGAAAAUUUAAGUUAAGACUCGGCUCUCUUGAGGCAUCAUACUGGUUAUAUGAUGUCAGAGGCAGAAAUAACAUGUAAUAAAUUAACUACUAUGUCCAUUUUUUAAUUUUCCCUAAAAAACAAUAAUUUCGAUCAUUUGAAACUUGUAAAAUAUGCGGCAAAAUUAAUAAAAAUAGUUGAAAAAUGUACCAUUAUUUUAGGAAUUAUAUUUUACACUUCUGACAUAUGAGAUAAACGUCUCAGAUUGUUGCAUAUUUUACAAGUUUUCAGAAUUAGGAAAUUGUAUUCUAAUCUAUAACACAAUUUUUUUUUUUUUUUUUUAAAGAUUGCUGCACAUAUUUUUUAUGUUUUUACAUAUCUAUAUAUUUAAUAAAUAUCUAUAAAUUUUGGUAUGGCUAAAUGAUUAUUGAGUUUUAUAUAACGCACUACUUUAAUAGUUUGCAAUAUUUUUUAUCUAUUCUAGUUCGUAUGAUAAACAGAUAUGUAUUUUACAUAUACACAAAAGUCAAAGUCGAUAGCUUCAGUAAGAAAUCAUGUCAGUUGAUUAAAAAAAAAAAAAUAUUAGUUCUUAUAAAUUUAUGUAAUAUAAAAACUAAUAAACAUUUAGUCAUACUAAAAUUUGUAGAUAAUUACUAAAUAUGUACAAAUAAAUGUAUAAAAUCGUAGAAAAAUGUAUGUAGCAGUUUUCUUUGAAAAGAUUCUCAAAAAUGAGAAAACUUUUCCGCGCUUUAGACUAAUAUAUAAUUAAGGAAAAUUGAAAAAAAUAAACUGAGUGCAUAUCAAUUAAUUUAUUGCAUGUCAUGCUCUGCUCUCGUCUAAUUGCUUUAUUUACUCCAAUCUCUUCUCUCUUUUUAUCUGUUUAUGUUUUCCCUAAAAAGACAUAGAAUUCGCUAGAUUUAUAAACGUACAUUUAUCAGGGAAAUGAUAAUAUACGGCCCCGAUGAACUCGCACGGAAUGGAAGUGAGACGCAGACUCCGCAUUUAUUAUAGCCGUAGUAGCUCAAUAACUUUGCAAUAACGACGCUCUGUAUUCAGUAAAUUAGGAUUUUCGGCAUGUAUCAAGAACACGACGAGCAUACGCCGUUAAUUGCACCACCAAGAAAGCGAUGGCUGCCGAUGCGCAUAUGGAUAUGCUUGAUGAUGUUCACCGCUUGUUGGACCAGCUACGCAUGUCGUUUACAAAUGCCAAUUUUAGUGGUGCCGAUGAUCGAGGAACAACCAGUUAAUCACACGUAUGGCGGUGCAUGCGUGUUCGAUGAAACCCGACGACGUCGUGACGUCGUCAUCAAUCCACUUGAUCCUGGCAGCUACCUGGAUCAAUACGUUCUCGAUCUCGUCCAAGAAGAGCGAGAUAAGAGACUACUGCAACGUCGGCAAGCGCAGCCUGUCAUAACACGGCCACCGGAUGCACCCAUUGAAUUUUUUAGCGGUUUACCAUUCGACUGGACCUCGACAGUGCGAGGCCAAUUGCUGGCCGGUUACGGCUAUGGCAACGUGCCCGGCAACCUCAUCGGCGGCUGGUUAUCAAUGAGAUACGGACCGCGGCGCGCGAUUCUCUGGACGUCGCUCUUGGCCGCAGUAAUCUCAUUAAUCAGUCCGAUACUAGCGCAGUUCCAUUGGAUCUUAUUGUUGGUCUCCAGGAUUAUCAUCGGCAUUACUGGUGGUGUCACCUUCCCUGCGUGUCAUACCAUGGUAGCAAAGUGGGCGCCACCACAUGAACGGGCGCGUAUGAUCUGGUCUUUGCUGGGUGGCACAUUUGGCACAAUACUGACUUAUCCGAUGAUAGCCGGUAUCGCGGAAACUGUCAACUGGGAAUCCGCCUGGUACGUACCAUCCUUGCUGAUGUUAGGCUGGAUCUGUGUGUGGGCACUGAUUGCCUACGACUCGCCAAUGGAACAUCCAGGCAUCACUGCCGAAGAAAAAGACUAUAUUGUAACUGCUCAAGCGGGAGUGGUACGCCCCGAAAAACCCCGAUGGAAGCAAACUCCGAUAAAGCAGAUAUUAACAUCGGUUCCUUUUAUCAGUUUGAUCAUAUGCCAUUUCGGGAAUCUCUUCUUGCUGUUUUUCUAUCAAAACUCGCUCAUGCUGUAUUUGACUAAGGCCCUAGGAUUCCAGUUGACGAAGGGUGGCGCGGCGGCCGGUGCGCCAUGGGGUGCCAGGAUGCUGUUCGGUUUCUUCUUCAGUUGGGCAGGUGAUACCAUCAAGAGGAAGCAGAUUAUCAGUGUCACCCUCUUACGCAAACUCGCUAUGAUAUUCUCGCAUUUUCUACCGGGUAUCUUCCUGAUAUUGGUUGGAUACGUUGGAUGCGAUUUUGUGCUCGCGAACGUCUUUCUCUUUCUGGCACUGGGCUUCAACGGCGCUGCCCUUAUCUCCAAUCUAUCAAACAAUCAGGAUCUCGCGCCGAACUUUGCUGGCUUCCUUUAUGGUAUCAUGAAUACAGUUGGUAGCUCUUCCGGCAUGAUUAUUCCGCCAGUAGUCGAAGAGAUAGCUGGCAAAUACGGAAAUCCGAUCGACAGGUGGCAAAUACUCUUCUGGAUCGGUGCCGGAGUGUCCAUUGGGAGUAUGGUUGUGUUCAUGUUCGGAGGUAGCGGUAAUAUACAAAAAUGGAAUGAACUUCGACCGCUUGAUGGGCCAAAGGACAAUGUGGAGGUUGGGCAAACCAGAUUGGAGCCUAUCACAACCGCUCAACCUUAAUCAACGAUUUUAAAGAAUUCCAUACCUUCGACUAGCAAUGACACGUCGUGAACGAUAUGAUAGAAAAAAUCAAUUAUUGACAAUGAAUGUUCCUAAAUAUAAUGUAGGAAACAUUUAAAAGACUGAAAAAUUAGGACGCUCUUGAGAAAGAUUUGAAGAAAUUAAACUGAAGAUUAUUUGAAGAAUCAAGAUUUUUUAAAAAUUUCUAAGAUACUAAGCUAUUUAAAGGCUGCCCGAAAUAGAAAUAUUUAAGAAAUGACUAAAAUCGGGACACUAAAAGAAUGCGUAUGAUAUAAUUAUAUCGCGUAUUGUUUCUUAGUAUAGCUUUGUGUUCGUUAUUUAUCUACUUUCGCAUUUGACAAUGUCGUUUCAUUAAACUUCUUUACAUAUUUAUAUUAUGAACACUAGCUGAAUAAAGAAUUAUCAUUCCUUUUAUUCCAUUUCAUUUUCACAAUCAACCGCGUUCGAAUAUUCUCGAAUUACCAAACUGGAAUAUUUUGUAUAUAUGCAAAAAUUAAAUAAUAAAAAAAUAAUAGUAAAAAUAA